AUCUGAGAUUUCAGAGCAUCUACAGUGAGCGCCUGACGCGCAGAGCCGGGAGCUGGCAGCCCCUUGCUGCUGUCACUGCAUCCUCUGCUGAACCAAACCCUUGGUGUGCAGCUCCCGGCUGCUGCAGGGGAUGGUGAAGGGCUCUGGCCACUUCCCAGCAGGAACCUGGCCCAUCGAGUCCCAGGGCCGCUUGUCUCCCUCCUGGUCUGCCCGUGGCGGCAGUUGCCGGUUAGCAGUACAGGCGUUGCACUGCUUGCUCAGCAGUGCAAUUUCCUUUCAGCUCUCUUUUCAAGGAAGUGAAACCACCACGAUGUAUUUUUUGCAUUCUGAGGUGCCAAAGUAAAAUGAAGUGCUUCGGACAGAAGAGAAAGGUAGCUGAGAAGAGUGGCUCUAAUGGAGAGGGGGAAAAAAACAUGUUCACUCCGUGAUAACUUCUGACAGUGUUUCAAAGUGCGUGAUAAAGCAAGCGCUAGAUUUAGCAGAGUAAAUAAGUCUUAGGCAGGUCUUCACCUGGGUUAUUUUCCCCUGCUUCUGCUAUCAGCAUUAACAAUUGCAAUUUCAUUUGCUGAACAAUGGCCACCGAUGUCUUCAAUUCCAAAAGUUUGGCCAUUCAGGCCCAGAAGAAGAUCCUUGGAAAAAUGGUAUCCAAAUCAAUAGCAACUACUUUGAUAGAUGAUACAAGCAGUGAUGUUUUAGAUGAGCUCUACAGAGUGACAAAGGAAUACACACAAAAUAAAAAGGAAGCAGAGAAGAUCAUUAAAAACCUCAUUAAAAUAGUCCUCAAAUUGGCGAUCCUGUACAGGAACAACCAAUUUAAUCAGGAUGAAAUAGCAUUGAUGGAGAAAUUCAAGAAGAAAGUUCAUCAGCUGGCUAAGACCGUGGUCAGUUUCCAUCAGGUGGAUUAUACCUUUGACAGGAAUUUUUUGUCCAAACUAUUAAAUGACUGUAGAGAGCUACUUCACCAGAUCAUUCAGCGUCACCUAACUGCAAAGUCACAUGGACGGGUGAACAACGUGUUUGAUCACUUCUCCGAUUGUGAAUUUUUGGCUGCCUUGUACAAUCCCUUUGGACCUUAUAAACUCCAUUUGCAGAAACUUUGUGAUGGUGUCAACAAAAUGCUAGAUGAGGGGAACAUAUAAGUACCUGUAUAAAAGUUGACUGCCUAUGCAUUAUUUGUAGAUGGAACACUGUUGAUUUAUGAAGGAAUAAGGGAGCAUGCAAAAGGUGGUUUUUUGCUCGUUUUGGGGAUUUUUUAUAUAUAUAUAUUUUUUUUGACAAAUAUUUCAGAACGAUCUUUAUUAAACUGAUUCCUUGUUAUGAGCUGUCUAUUGCUAUUUGCAGUCCAUAUGGAAGAAAGACAGCACAUGACAUUGUUUCACUGUGCUUUGCCCACAAAAACAACUGGAUAAAGACAAUAAAACAGAAGGGUCCAAGUAGAGUAAGAGUCUUGCAAGACAGAUAUGCAAAACAAAAUGAUAAGCUGUCAGACAAUCCAAAUAUUUUAUAUUUACAGAAAUAUAAGUGAUCAGAGUCCAGGAAUGUUGGUAAAUAAUUAAUGUGGUGAUGGUACAGUCUAUAAUUUCUUCAGCUUAUUUGUAAAAUAUAUAUUUGAUACAUUUAUAGUCUUUUAUAAGCACUGCACAGAUCACAGCUUCCUAGUGUUGACCUUAUGAAACAUUCAGUUUUACAUAAUAUCUGUGAUGCUGUCACAUAAAGUCUGAACUGGUUUGUUCAUCUCCAGCUCAGUGGUGAAAACUUUAUGUCUGAAAGGCUACUAAGUGAUCCUUACAGAUCUACACAGAUGCCUGUUUCAUUUAAUUAUGUCAGAAAAAAUAAGCUACAGUAAAAUUGCCUAAUUGGAAAAAAGUACUCCCUAGACAACACCUGUGAUAUGUGAUUUUAACUCUACAUACAAAAUUGUAAGGUAAAACACAGUGACUUGUGCAAUUCCUUAAGAUUUCUAGAACCCUGCUAAUAAGUCAUAAUUAUUUUUGCAAAGGUGUGGGUCAGCUUAUUUUAUACAUUAGGGGGAUAUGAAUUCAGAAAGCUUAAGCAUCUGAAAAUAAAUUCCAAGCCAGUUUGCUUUUUGUACAAUGUAUCUAGAAAACAAAUUAAUUUGGGGUAUAUGCUAUUUAACUAAUGGAAAAGUGACAUCUUGAAUCAAUUCGUUCUCUUCUCCCUUCCUACCUUUCAUUUUUUUUCUCCCUCAUCUUCUCCCUGCCUUGCCCUUGGGGAAAAGAAAAAUGUGACUUUCUAGACACUGUAAUGUACUUAAAAGCAUGAAGUUAAUACAUUUCAAACACCUGAAGACUUUUUAUUAGGACGCAUAUAAAGAAUUUGUAGUUUAUUUAA